AACUCAUCAACCCGGGAUUGAUUUUCGUUCACCACAACUAGACAUUCGUUGUGCUAUUGCUGCUGCCAUACGACACUCGAUAGCCUCCAAUUCAGAGCAGAGUCAAGGGCAAAGCAAGGCUGGUCAGCUGAAUGCAACCGGCGAUCCGCGCACGCACGCACAAGUGUUGGCACAGAAAGACGUGCAGAUGGAAACGCGUUUCUGCAAUUAGGGCGCGACGGAGUCUUCAUGAUUGGGUGUGCAGAGCGUUCCAGCUUCUGGACCGCUGGUCCCUGGAUGCUUUCCAGCCCAAGUUGCAGCCACAGGCGGACUCGGCGGCUCGCUCUGCUACAAAAAAGCCUAUGCAGGAAACAGACCAUGGAUGCACCACCAACGAUGAAGCUGUACAUCCUACUCGCCUACAUCACUACUGCAUUGGCAUCUUACCAGACCACGAGUCCUUUCGACUUUGGGCUUGAGGCCAUCUGCGCCCGAUUCGGACACCUCCUGCCAUGGACGUACAACGGUUCCUGUGCACGCUGUCGAGAUUUUUGCACUAACUCACAUCAGCUGGUCCAUUCUCACCACUGCCCAGACCUCCAGAGAAAUGUUCGCUUUGCAACAAAACAUCGACGGCAGCUUCUCCCCUAUUGCGCAAGGAAUAAAAUUCACGUCGGGGCGACUCAACAACGGCGGCUUGCACCCUAUUGCGAAUAAGAUGCCGUAUGUGCAUUCUAACUCGCUGGAUGCGGUCCCCGGCGAUUCGCCGACCUUCAUCACGAUGCAGUAUCCUCCCCAGUCCCCCAAUGCGUACUGUUUAGUGGCGGGAGAGCAUGGGACACUGCUGCCUGUAAAUGGCAUGCACGCUCAGUGGGCGCUGUGCCCGAAUAUCACAGCGGGAUAUCGUAUGGAUGUCGUGCUCCGCCCAAGAGCUGGCAACCCGCAUUACCGCCUGGAGAACUGUGCCAAAAUGUAUCUGUCAGUCACUGCCGCUCAUUGAAUGAAUAUGCCGAGUGAAUGUCAGCACAAUGGAUUGUCACCCUCGCGUCUUGUCACGAUCCGUGACUUUGAGCAUCUGUGUCUGUGUUUCUUGAAAUGGAAUCGCGUAACCCAUGCGGAAUGC